UUAAAUAUUAUUAAGCGUUCUAGGGUUAAAACAUUUCUCCGGAAUAUACUUUUGAUCAAAGUAUAACUUAGCUGGAACUUCGAAGACUAAUAGCCUAGUUAGAGCCUAAAAUUCCACAAACAAAUUACCAUUGAUGCCACUGGGUGUUCACUAGUGAGUUAUAAGUGGAAAUUUCUUGAGCAAUAAGUUUGGAUGCCAUUAAAGCCUCCUUUAUCCUUCACAAGAAGUCAAUUUCGUUUGAAAGGUGUUUCCGACAACAACUUAAAAGCACUAUGGCAAGUCAAAAGAAUCUGGCAACGUGCUUUGGUACGCACGUCACUGGUGACGUUUUAGAGUUUAACCUCUUCUCAUCAUUGUGAAGCUAACAAAGGCCUUCUAUAUAUCCCACCACCAUCCUUCAAAACCAAAACAGCAUCUCUAAUUCUUUUCAUCAUCGUUAAGAAAAAUGGCAACUGAAACUGGUUUAGUAAAAAUGUUCUUCUUCCCCUUCAUAGGAGGCGGCCACCAAAUCCCAAUGAUAGACACAGCAAGAGUUUUUGCAUCUCAUGGAGCCGCCUCAACAAUCAUAGCCACACCCUCCCACGCUCUCAACUUCCAAAACCUCAUAACUAGAGCCCAGAGCUCCGGCCACCCUAUCACCAUCCACACUCUCCCCGCAGAAAUACGCGACGCUACCGACGUCACCGCCGGACCAAUGACCGACACCACCGUACUCCUUCAACCCCUCAAAACCUUCCUCCUCCGUCACCCGCCGGACUGCAUUGUCAUCGACAUGUUCCACCGCUGGGCCGGCGACCUAGUCGACGAGCUCCGAAUCCCGAGGAUUGUCUUCACUGGUAACGGUUGCUUCCCUCGCUGCGUCCAAGAAAAUAUAAGAAAAUACUUGAAUCUCGAGAAUUUGAGUUCAGAUUACGAGCCUUUCGUCGUUCCUAACCUUCCUGAUAAAGUAGAACUCACAAAGUCUCAGCUUCCGAUUUUCGCGAGAAAUCCGUCGCUGUUUCCUGAUAAAAUGAAGGAUUUCGAGGAUAAGAGCUUUGGAACUAUCAUCAACAGCUUUUACGAAUUGGAACCUGAUUAUGCUGAUUACAUGAGGAACGAGCUUGGGAAGAAAGCAUGGAUUGUGGGACCGGUUUCGCUUUGUAACCGAAGCGUAGAAGAUAAAACCCAGAGAGGGAAGUUGCCCACCAUUGACGACCAAGGUUGCUUGAAAUGGCUGAACUCGAAGGAACCGCAUUCAGUUAUUUAUGUCUGCUUUGGAAGCUUGAUUCGGUUACCACCACAGCAGCUCAAGGAAAUCGCUUACGGUCUUGAAGCUUCUGGUAAAUCGUUCGUUUGGGUUGUUGGAAAAAUUAUGAAGUCAUCGCCCAAGAACAAAGAAGAAGAUGACGAAGAUGAUGUUCAAACAUGGCUCCCUGAAGGGUUUGAAGAGAGGAUGAAGGAAUCAAACAGAGGAUUGAUCGUUAGAGGGUGGGCUCCUCAGCUUUUAAUACUGGAGCAUGGCGCCAUUGGAGGGUUCGUGACUCAUUGUGGUUGGAACUCAACUCUAGAAGGAAUCUGUGCCGGUGUGCCUAUGGUGACGUGGCCAGUGACGGCGGAGCAAUUCUUGAACGAGAAGCUGGUGACGAGUGUGUUGAGAAUUGGGGUGCCAGUUGGGAGCAGAGAGUGGGUGUGGUUUCGUGACGAGUGGAAAGAGGUGGUGGGGAGAGAGAUGGUGGAGAUUGCGGUGAAGAAGUUGAUGGGGGAGAGUGAGGAGGCGGCGGAGAUGAGAAUGAGAGUGAAGAAGAUUGCUGAGAGUGGCACAAGAGCUGUUGAAGAAGGUGGAACUUCUUAUCAAGAUGUUGAUGCCUUGAUUCAAGAGCUUCAAGAACGCAAAGUUAAUAAUUGCAAUGGCGAAGUUUAGAUUAGAUUGCCCAACAAUACAAAGAAGUUGUACACUUAAAUCCGCUUGAAUCCAAGAGAAAUAAAUUCUUUAUACAAGAAUUUCUCUGAA